AUGUCGACCGAGCAAACUUUCAUUGCUGUCAAGCCCGAUGGUGUCCAGCGUGGCCUUGUUGGUGAUAUCAUCUCACGAUUCGAGAAGCGAGGAUACAAGCUUGUUGCUUUGAAGUUGGUCUCCCCAGGCAAGGAGCACCUCGAGAAGCAUUAUGCAGACCUCUCCGACAAGCCUUUCUUCAAGGGACUUGUUACCUACAUGCUGAGCGGUCCCAUCACUGCCAUGGUCUGGGAGGGCCGUGAUGCCGUCAAGACUGGCCGAACCAUCCUUGGUGCCACCAACCCUCUCGCUUCCGCCCCUGGAACCAUCCGAGGUGACUAUGCCAUCGAUGUCGGCCGUAAUGUUUGCCACGGUUCGGACAGUGUUGAGAACGCAAAGAAGGAGAUUGCUUUGUGGUUCAAGCCUGAUGAGGUUCAAAGCUACAAGGCUUCCCAGUUCGACUGGAUCUAUGAAAAGGCAUAG